AUGGCCAUUGAAGAUCCUAAUAGCUCAGCUGAAUUAGAUAAUACACCUACAACUUCCAAUUCACAAACUGAUAAAGUUCAACUUAUGAACUCAAAGAAUAAUCUUAAUAGAUUACCAACAUCAAACAACAACACUAUUUCUACUUCGAACCAAGAUUCAGAUAAAGAAAUAAAAAUGGAAACACAUUCUUCAAACAUAGUUACAACCUCUGAACUUGAAGAAAAUAUACCUAAUGCAAAGAAGGCAAAACUGCAUCU